AUGGCCGAAACCUCUGCCGAUGCGCCCCCCCCCCCUCCUCCUCCUCCUCCUCCUCCACUACCCCCCAAAAAUAAUAAGCAGAAGAAAAGAGAAUGGUGGCCUGCCAUUAAAAAGGAAAAGCGAGAGCGCAAGAACGCGCGUCGUGCCCGCAUUGAGGCCAUUUUCAAUGCUUUGUUGAACCACUACCAUGAAAUGGGUGGUUCUCAUCCCGACGCCAUUCAUGUUCUGAGUGAACUGGCCAAGUCACUUGAGGAGGAGCGACAUCCCCACAUGCAUGUGAAGAAGGGAUAG